UCCAUGGGCUUAAAAUCACUAAAAUCAUUUAAAAUGGUUUUAAAUAAAUUCAAUCAAAUAUAAUAUUUAUAUAAAAAAAAAUGACGAAACAACUAACAAAUUACAAAAACACGUCCAAGUAAAUUACAAAAGGUCAGGGAAAUUUCAAAAUUGGGAUUUUGUAGCAACCCUGAAUAGACUUUAACCGACAAAAUGAAUUUACCACUUCUCAAGAGUAAUUUAAAUAGUCCAAAAAUAAUCUGGCAUCAAACAGAUGUAGUUGUGGUUCUGCAGAUACAGUUAUGUGAUAUUGAAAAGUAUUACCUGCGAAUCGACAGAGAAAGAUUGAAUUUCAGUACAUGCUUAAAUGAUAAAAAAUACUACGUUAUUAUAAAUAUGUAUGGAGCCAUAAUUCCUGAAAAAUGUAUGCAUAGGAAUACAGGAAGAGAAAUAAAAGUGUACAUACCCAAAGCACACAUUGGUGCAGAAUGGUUGAGGUUACAUUUGGAAAAAGAGAAAAAUCCUCAUAUUGUUUCCGACCCUGACCGCGUAACAGUUCCCGAAUGGAGGCGGCCUCUCCCCAGGAACUUCAACGCGGACAGUUUUGAAAAGUAUAAGAGACUUAAUAAAAUAAAGAACGUGCGGCCGGAUGAACCGUCUUCAGGUGAAGAGGAUUCGGAUGAUGAAAUUUUCGAUACAUAUUUCGACUGAUAAGUGAGAAUAAACUGCGAGAACAACAUUCCUUAACAAUAGGAUAAUGCUCUUUAUUUAAACUAUAGGAGAACACAUAUUUUCUUAAAUUAAACAUUAUAAUCCAAAGAACAAAAGUAGGUAAACAAAAAAUGAAUCUCGAAAGCAUUUUUGUCGCUUUUCCGCAAUGGCGAUUGGGUAUUUAAAAAAAAUUUAAGAAAGGAAUGUUCCCAAAUUCACACACAUAAUUGAAAAUAAAUUUCAAUUCAAAGGUUAAGAAAAAUGUUCAGUGGUGUAGUCGAGAGUCGAGACCUGGCUACUUUUUUCGAAGGGCCAUUUACGCAGUAUUAAUAAUUUAAUUUUAAGACAGUAGGGAACGCAUUUUUUUCGAAAAUAUGUAUAAAAUUCUUAAAGAAUUAAAAAUUUCCUAAAAUUAUUCAAGAAUACAUUUUUGCACGCAUAUCGGAAAUAUUUGUUUUUCAAAUAAACACAAUUUUUCUCUCCUUUCCAUGCAGAAUAUCAUCAAAUAUAAUUUUUAAAUUAGGAGAAGUCUAGAAAAAA